AUGCCUACUGUGUUCGCCUUCGUGCUCUGCCUGCUCGUGGUACUGGUGCUGCUGAUGGUGCGCUGCGUGCGCAUCCUACUCGACCCCUACAGCCGCAUGCCCGCCUCGUCCUGGACCGACCACAAGGAGGCGCUCGAGCGUGGCCAAUUCGACUACGCGCUGGUCUGAGCCACGGCACCCUUGGGUGGCCCUUUGUCGGCCUGACCGCGCUCGGGAUCCCACCCCAGAGCCCAGCCAAAGGAGGAGUGCAUGAGAAGUCCAGCCCCUCCCUGCCCAGACACCUUCCAUACUCGCAGGCCUCUCCCAUCAUCCCUCCCGGACAAGCCCGAGCCCCACUUGGUGCCUUUAUCCCUCCCUGUCCUCGCCCCAAAACUCACUGACACCCACCCCCCACCCCCCUAGCGUGUAGGUGGCUCUGCUGUUGUCCAGCCUCCAGCAUAAAUGGUAUGUGCGUUCCUGGAUGCGGGGACCCCUCUGUCUCCCCCCUCCCAUGUCCUCUGGCCAUCCCACUACUCCAUCCCCCGCCCCUCCCCCGUGUUGAACCCCUCCUUGGGGUAGAAUAUGCCCAGUGCUGCCUGCCCUGAGACCGAGCCUGAAGAGCAACAAUGGCUGCUGUGUCCAGGAUGUUUGGCACCUUCCGUGGGGGCAAAGCCCAGCAGACUCACUUCCACCCCCCGCCCAGGCCUGUUAGUAAUCUGCACACCCCUCCCUCGGUCACCACCUCCGUAUGCCAGUCACUGGCAAUACUGACACCUACCCCUGAUCCCUCCUGCCAUGCCCCACAUCAUCUCCCUGCCCCCUUACCCAUGCCCUCCUCAUGCCUUCUUACUCUUCCUGUUUCUGAGUAGAUGGUGAUAAUAAAAGCUAUUGUUGAGU